UGAAUAGAGAACCUCACUGAAUUUGCUCUGCAGUAGCAUGUCAUCUCAGGUGCAGGAGGGGCAAUUUGUCACAAUGAGGUUCUUAUUCUCAUUGUGUGUGUGUCUUCUGUUGCUGAUUAAUGAAACCACUACCACUGAGAUGCCCACAACCACAGAAACCACAACCAUUGAGACGACCACAGAAACCACUACCACUGAGACAACCACAGAAACCACAACCAUUGAGACGACCACAGAAACCACUACUCUACCUACAACCACCAUCUCUGACCCGUGCACUGAUUAUAACACUAUUGAUGACCAUUGGAGAGACAUACGGCAAAACCCAUACCUGGACUAUGGACAUGACGACAGACUUGUUGAGUGGAACGGCUGGUAUCGGCUGUAUCUGAAUGGAGAAAGUGCUCAGAUGUCUGAGUGGUGUGUGAGNGCUGUGUUUACCCUCUCUCUGAAUAGCCUGACUUCAUUAAUCACAAAUCUUUUACUAACAUCUCUUUUCUUCAUGCCAGUUUCUUUCAGCAGCACCAGUGAUGAUCCCUGUUACAACUAUGAGUCUCUGGAUCGUCCCUGGAGAGCAACGACUGAAAGUGGAUUGUGGAUUUGUGAUGAAUCCUUCUCCUGGAGUGGCUGGUACAGACUUUAUUAUUAUGGGAUGAACAUCCAGAUGACAGAGACCUGUGUUAAUGGAUACAGCUGUAACUCAGGCAUUGGUCUGUGGCUCAACGGUCCUCACCCUCAGAUAGAAGAUGGGGUGGUGACCCGGGAGGUCUGUGGGGGGGAUUAUUGGUCUGAAAGCUGUUGUUAUUACAAGUCAAAACCCAUCAGAGUAAAAGCCUGUCCUGGAAAUUAUUACGUCUAUGAACUCGUGAAACCACAAGACUACUGGUGUAUAGGAUACUGCACAGAUGUCAGCACUAUAUCACAGACUGAUUCCAUAACAACCACAACUCUGACUCCUGGAUCCAGCAUCACUGUCAAUGACCCAUGCUCAGACUACAACACAGUGGAUGAAUACUGGAGGAGCACACUCAAUUACUGGUAUUGGUAUGGAUAUAUAACUGGACAUGAUGACACGCGUGUGAAAUGGGACGGCUGGUAUCGACUCUUCAUCAAUGGAUCGAGUGCUCAGAUGCCCGACUGGUGUGUUAGUUACAUGUCAUGUGGAGGUUUCAGUUCUCUGUGGCUUGGUGGAUCUCAUCCUGGAGUAGAAGAUGGAGUUGUUACUCGUGAAGUCUACGGCUCUCAUUAUGACCAGUGCAGUCAAUACACAUCCAACCCAAUCCAAGUCAAAGCUUGUCCUGGACAUUAUUAUGUCUACAAACUGACCAGACCAAAUGUAGCCAUCCCACUCCCUUCAUAUUGUGCAGUUCCUUUCAGCACUCCAAGUGUGGACCCCUGUGACAGCUACACCAGUCUGGAUGAACCCUGGAGAUCCACUGAUAAUCCUUACUAUAACUAUUACUACAACAACUACUACACCAUGUGUGAUUAUAAUGUUGAGUGGAAUGGCUGGUACAGACUCUUCAUCAAUGGUCAGAGCACUCAGAUGUCAGAAUCAUGUGUUAGUCAAGGGAUGUGUGGCACUUACAGCCCACUGUAUCUCAGAGAUCCUCAUCCACAGCUGGAAGAUGGAGUGGUCACACGACACGUCUGUAUGUCUGGAUGGAACGGCUGCUGUGGUUAUGAAUCUCAUCCCAUACAAGUCAAAGCCUGUCCAGGAGAUUAUUAUGUCUAUGAGUUUGUCAGACCGAUGGAGUGUGCUGCUUAUUGUGCAGAAGUCACAGGCUUCACCACAUUGACUCCACCAACACAGAGAACAGACACUCUGCCCACUCCGCUCAUCACAACCACUGAAGUGGACCCCUGCUACAACUACAAUGUUCUGGACGAUGUCUGGAGAGCCACCAGUAAUCAGCAUUCCUUUGGUUCAAUGUGUGACAUGAAUGUGAAUUGGGAGGGCUGGUAUCGUCUCUUCGUUCAGGGUCAGAGCGUUCAGAUGCCGGACACAUGUGUUGCUCAGAACAGCUGUGGCACUCAUGCACCACUGUGGCUAAACGGUGAACAUCCAAGACUUGAGGAUGGAGUGGUCACCAGAGACGUGUGUGGUCACUGGAACAAUGACUGCUGUUAUUUCCAAUCCAAUCCCAUACGAGUCAAAGCCUGUCCAGGAGAUUAUUACGUCUAUGAGUUUGUCAGUCCAACUGGCUGCAAUUUGGCAUACUGUGCAGAUGUUAGAAACGUAACCCCAACCUCAACCAUAGAUCCUACAACUGUACUUCCCACUGUCAGCUCUGACCCGUGCACUGAUUAUAACACUAUUGAUGACUAUUGGAGAGACAUACGGCAAAACCCAUACCAGCACACUGAACAUGACGACAGACUUGUUGAGUGGAACGGCUGGUAUCGGCUGUAUCUGAAUGGAGAAAGUGCUCAGAUGUCUGAGUGGUGUGUGAGUUAUAUGGGAUGUGGAGGUUAUACUGGACUGUAUCUCAACGGUUCUCAUCCAGGACUUGAGGAUGGAGUGGUGACCCGUGAUGUUGUGGGAAGUCACAUAUGGUACUACGACCAGUGUGGCAGCUACAGAUCAAACCCUGUCCAGGUGAAAGCCUGUCCAGGAGAUUAUUAUGUCUAUGAACUCAUCACACCAGAUGUGUCACUGGAAGGACCUUCAUACUGUGCAGUUUCUUUCAGCAGCACCAGUGAUGAUCCCUGUUACAACUACGAGUCUCUGGAUCGUCCCUGGAGAGCAACAAAUGAAAGUGGAUUGUGGAUUUGUGAUGAAUACUUCUCCUGGAGUGGCUGGUACAGACUUUAUUAUUAUGGGAUGAACAUCCAGAUGCCAGAGACCUGUGUUAAUGGAUACAGCUGUAAUGCAGACAGUGGUCUGUGGCUCAACGGUCCUCACCCUCAGAUAGAAGAUGGGGUGGUGACCCGGGAGGUCUGUGGGGGGUAUUAUUGGGGUGGUGGCUGCUGUGAUUUCAAGUCAAAACCCAUCAGAGUAAAAGCCUGUCCAGGAAAUUAUUUUGUCUAUGAACUCGUGAAUCCACAAUACUGGUGUUUAGGAUACUGCACAGAUGUCAGCACUAUAUCACAGACUGAUCCCACAACAACUCCAGCUGGACCCAACGCCACCUUCUAUGACCCAUGCUCAAACUACAACAUACAGGACGACUACUGGAGGAGCACACUCAAUUACAUGUAUUGGUAUGGAUAUAUAACUGGACAUGAUGACACGCGUGUGAAAUGGGACGGCUGGUAUCGACUCUUCAUCAAUGGAUCGAGUGCUCAGAUGCCCGACUGGUGUGUUAGUUACAUGUCAUGUGGAGGUUUCAGUUCUCUGUGGCUUGGUGGAUCUCAUCCUGGAGUAGAAGAUGGAGUUGUUACUCGUGAAGUCUACGGCUCUCAUUAUGACCAGUGCAGUCAUUACACAUCCAACCCAAUCCAAGUCAAAGCUUGUCCUGGACAUUAUUAUGUCUACAAACUGACC